CCAAUUUAAUAAAUAAACCAAACCAAAACGAAACAAACUCAGCUAUCUCUCCUCACUCUCUUAACUGCAACCUCCAUUUUAACCAAAAGCAAAAACCAAACCAUCCUUUGGAAAAUUUUCCUCUCUUCUUUUUCGCACCCGUAAGUCGUAACACACCCAACCAUUCCAUUCUCUUCUUUUCUUUUCUUUUUUUGAGUCUAAAAAAGCAAGCCCAGAAACAGAGAGAUAGUGUAGGACUGGCUCUCCCAACCAUGGAAGCUUUUAGUUUGCUCAAGUACUGGCGAGGUGGUGGCGCACCCCUUCCAUCUCCCUCUACCGCCACCGCCGCCGCCGCUGCCACUACCACCAUUCUCCGUCCGCACCAUAAUGCAACUGACAGCGACGACGAUGACGACGACGACGCGGACGGUCCAUUCUUUGACUUAGAGUUCGCUGUUCCCGAUGAAGUUGAUGACCCCGAACAUUCUCAUGAAGACCCCAACGCCACCAUUAAUAAGCACUCUGACCAAGAAGAGGAAGAUGAAGAAGAAGACGACGACGACAACAUUGAAGAAUGCGAGAGAGAGUUCAAGUUUACGCUGUCUCCUUCAAGCAACGAUCGAGGCGAUGAUCCCAACCUUUCUCUCUCUCCUUCCGACGAUCUCUUCUUCAAAGGAAAGCUGGUGCAGGUGGACCCUUCCUCCUCCGAACCAAACUCCAAGCCUCCUCCUCCUCAGUUCACGGCCUCCUUGUUCAAAUCCGCCACCAAAUUACGCGUCUUCAGGUUGGGAGGCCUCAACAAGAAACCCAAGGACUCCAACAAUGGCGCCUCCUCCGACUCCGUUCCCAGAGAGACAGAGUCACAGCAGCAGAAGAAGCAGCAACCGUCGGAGAGAAAGCACUUCACGGUGAAGUUCAAAGUUGAAGAGGUGAAAAUCAUGUCUCUUUUCAGCAGAGAUAACAGUUCCAGAGGUAACAACAAGAAGCACUCGAACUCGAACUCGCACUCGCACUCGCACAACCCGGAGGAGUCACCUUCUUCCUCUUCGGAAGAGAAGCGUUCUUCAAAGGAAGUCAUGAACAAGUAUCUCAAGAUGGUGAAGCCACUCUACAUUAGAGUCUCUCGUAGAUACGGUGAUAAACUUGGCUUCUCCGGCCACCUCAGCUUGAGUUCUGCUGCUGAUAAACCUGCUCCGCCGCCGAGAGACACGCCGGAGAAGAAAGGAUCUCCGUCUAAGGCGGCAGCGGAAUCCGAUGCCGGCGAGAACAGAGAAACCAACACGAAGACCGAGAAGCAGGGGAAUAAUGUGCAUGGAGGAGGGCUUAGAGUAGUGUGCAAGCGUUUGGGAAAGAGUCGUUCGGCGUCGUCGGCGGCCGUAGCCGCUGCUCCGGCAGCUUCGGUGUCUUCGAAACGGCGUGAUGAUUCUCUUUUACAGCAACAGGACGGGAUUCAAGGCGCCAUUAUGCACUGCAAGAGAUCCUUCAACGCUUCAAGAUCAGAAAGCGAGUGUUGUGGUGUGAGGGAGGAAGUGGCAAUGGCAAUGGCCUCCGCCUUGGAAGCUUCAAGGAAGUCUACGAAUGAAGGCAAGGACAAAACUCGUUGAAAAUUACUGUAACCCUCUCAUGUCUGUAAAAAUGUGAAACCGUUGCUUUAUGCUCAAUUACUUUCUUAUCUCUAUGUUAAUUAAUUAAUUUAUUAUUAAUUAUUAUUAACUAGUGUAGUUAAGAGAGAAGGAUGAGAAUGAAUGAAUGAGGCUCUUUUGCCAAUAGUUCAGUGGCUCUCUGUCUUUUUUGUUCCCUUGUUAGUGUAAACUGUAAAGCUCUUCUUUCUGAGAAAGUGAAAGAAGAAUCAGAUCUUUUCUAUGUGUACCUAUGUUUUUCUUUUUUUUUUUUAUCUUCUUAUUGGCCAUUUAUGUAUCAUAUUCUCUCUAAUCUAACAUGUCAAGUGGCUUUCCCUUCCCACUAACACCCUAGUGAGUCCGUGGGUACAAAAAUUAAAUUCUCUUACUUUAGUAUUAGUGCCAUGUUACAUACUUGUCUACUUGUCUUAA